GGGACCGAUCCUCUAGGCAGGGAGGGAGGGCAGAGCCAACAGCAGCCAGCGCAGAGCAGUGCGUGUGCGCCAGCCAGGAGCACCGGCCCACACCGGGCUGGGAUUGUUGUACUCUGUCACCAGGGCAUCCCGGCUCCCGCAGCCCUUGCAGACAGCACCGGAGCCCCGGUUACACGGUCUGGGUAGCAGCGCAUACCCGGAGCCGCACGCAGCUGGAAGGAGGCGUUCGCUCGCGCGUCACCUCGCUGCUUGGAACCUGAAUAAGGCCGGAACAAGGUUCUUGAGUCUACAUAAGAAGGCUCUCUGUAACGUGUGUGUCACCAUGAGAGAAUGUUGUCUCCUCAUUGAUCACCAUGAGUACUUGGGGUUUGUCUGAAAGCUGAUAGGUAUAGACAAGACUGCACAUGUCAUCUGAAGCAGUGUAGAAUCACCCCACACUGAGGGACAACACUUGGCAUUGGUUCCAUGCUACAAGAAGGACCAUGGCAACAUCCAGGACAUCUUCGAGAUCCCAUCGGGACAUUACCAACGUGAUGCAGAGGCUACAAGAUGAACAAGAAAUUGUACAGAAGCGCACCUUCACAAAAUGGAUCAAUUCCCACCUGGCUAAGCGGAAGCCUCCCAUGGUGGUGAAUGACCUUUUUGAAGACAUGAAAGAUGGUGUCAAGCUGCUUGCUCUGCUGGAGGUCCUGUCAGGGCAGAAACUGCCUUGUGAACAAGGACGCCGGGUAAAGCGCAUUCAUGCAGUGGCUAACAUCGGCACGGCACUCAAGUUCCUUGAAGGAAGGAAGUCCAUGUACAGAGGAUCACCGAUUAAGUUAGUCAACAUUAAUGCUACUGACAUCGCUGAUGGCCGACCGUCAAUUGUUCUUGGGCUGAUGUGGACCAUUAUACUGUAUUUCCAGAUCGAAGAGCUGACCAGCAACCUCCCACAGUUACAGUCUCUGUCCAGCAGUGCUUCCUCUGUGGACAGCAUGGUCAGCACUGAGACUGCCAGCCCACCAAGCAAGCGCAAGGUGACCGCCAAGAUCCAAGGCAAUGCCAAAAAGACUCUGCUAAAGUGGGUCCAACACACAGCAGGCAAGCAGAUGGGAAUAGAAGUGAAAGACUUCGGGAAGAGCUGGAGGACUGGGCUGGCCUUCCAUUCUGUCAUCCAUGCCAUCCGGCCUGAGCUGGUGGACCUGGAGAAGGUGAAAAGUAGAUCGAACAGGGAAAACCUGGAGGAUGCCUUCACCAUCGCAGAAACACAACUGGGCAUUCCCAGACUACUUGAUCCUGAAGAUGUUGAUGUGGACAAGCCAGAUGAGAAGUCUAUUAUGACCUAUGUAGCCCAGUUUCUGACGCAAUAUCCUGAUAUCCGCGGUGCAGGGUGUGAUGGACAAGAGAAUGAGAGAGAAGACAGACUAAUUUUGAAGGAAACCAAAGUUUGGAUAGAACAGUUUGAGAGAGAUUUGACUAGAGCACAGAUGACAGAGUCAAACCUGCAGGACAGAUAUCAGUCAUUUAAGCACUUCAGAGUUCAGUAUGAGAUCAAAAGGAAACAGGUGGAAGAUCUGAUACAGCCACUGCACAGAGACGGCAAACUGUCGCUUGACCAGGCUUUGGUGAAACAGUGCUGGGAGAGAGUGUCCUCCAGGCUCUUUGAUUGGCAUAUACAGCUGGACAAAUCUCUUCCUGCACCUCUGGGCACUAUAGGUGCCUGGCUAUACAGGGCAGAGGUGGCCCUGAGAGAAGAGAUCACCAUUCAGCAGGUCCAUGAAGAAACAGCAAAGACAAUACAGCGGAAGCUUGAGCAGCAUAAGGAUCUGCUUCAAAACACAGAUGCCCACAAAAGAGCGUUCCAUGAAAUCUACCAGACCAGAUCUGUCAAUGGGAUCCCGAUGCCUCCUGAUCAGCUAGAGGACAUGGCCGAGAGGUUUCAUUUUGUGUCCUCCACAUCCGAGCUGCACUUAAUGAAAAUGGAGUUUCUGGAACUGAAGUACCGUCUGCUGUCCCUGCUGGUCCUUGCCGAGUCAAAACUGAAGUCUUGGAUCAUCAAGUACGGAAGGCGAGAGUCCGUGGAGCUACUGCUGCAAAGCUAUAUCUCUUUUAUAGAAAACAGCAAGUUCUUUGAACAAUAUGAAGUGACAUACCAGAUCCUGAAACAGACAGCUGAAAUGUACGUCAAAGCAGAUGGCUCAGUGGAAGAAGCUGAGAAUGUGAUGAAAUUCAUGAAUGAAACCACUGCCCAGUGGAGGAAUCUCUCGGUGGAGGUGCGAAGCGUGAGGAGCAUGCUGGAGGAGGUGCUUUCCAACUGGGAUCGCUAUGGCGACACUGUGGCUAGUCUUCAAGCCUGGCUGGAGGAUGCUGAGAAAAUGCUAAGUCAAUCUGAAAACGCCAAGAAGGAUUUUUUUCGAAAUUUGCCCCACUGGAUGCAGCAGCACACAGCCAUGAACGACGCUGGCAAUUUCCUGAUCGAGACUUGCGAUGAGAUCGUUUCCCGUGACCUCAAGCAGCAGUUGCUGUUGCUCAACGGGCGUUGGAGGGAGCUGUUCAUGGAAGUCAAGCAGUACGCAAGAGCUGACGAGACGGACAGAAUGAAGAAAGAAUACACAGACUACACUACCACCCUCUCUGGUUUCGCAGCCGAAGCCCACGGGAAACUCUCAGAGCCCUUAGAAGUCUCUCUGAUUAAUGUCAAGUUAUUAAUUCAAGACUUGGAGGAUAUUGAGAAGAGGGUGCCCGUGAUGGAUGCUCAGUACAAGAUGGUCACCAAGACAGCACACCUCAUUGCCAAAGAAAGUCCCCAAGAAGAAGCUAAUGAAAUGUUUACAACUAUGUCCCGGCUCAAAGAGCAACUCUCCAAGGUCAAAGAAUGCUAUUCCCCGCUGUUGUCUGAGGCCCAGCAGCUGUCGGUUCCUUUGGAAGAACUGGAGACACAGAUCACGUCCUUCUAUGACUCACUUGGGAAAAUCAAUGAGAUUAUAUCCGUUCUUGAGCGUGAAGCCCAAUCCAGCUCUCUUUUUAAACAAAAACACCAGGAACUGUUAGCUUGUCAAGAAAGCUGUAGGAAAACCUUGACACUCAUUGAGAAGGGCAGUCAAAAUGUUCAAAAGCUCGUCACCUUGAGUCCUGUGUUAAAGCAUUGGGACCACACAAAGUUGCAGAGACAGAUAGCAGAUGUCCAUCAUGCCUUCCAGAAUAUGAUCAAGAAAACUGGAGAAUGGAAGAAGCAUUUGGAAGCCAACAGUCGUUUGAUGAAGAAAUUUGAGGAGUCCCGGGCAGAGUUGGAGAAGGUGCUACGGGUCGCUCAGGAGGGCUUGGAAGAGAAGGGGAAUCCAGAGGAACUCCUUCGGAAACACACCGAGUUCUUCAGCCAGCUGGACCAGAGGGUCCUCAAUGCCUUCUUGAAAGCCUGUGACGAGCUCACGGACAUUCUCCCAGAACAGGAGCAGCAGGGUCUGCAGGAGGCCGUGAGAAAGCUGCACAAACAGUGGAAGGAUCUCCAGGGAGAGGCGCCUUAUCAUUUGCUCCAUCUGAAAAUCGCUGUGGAGAAGAACAGAUUCUCAGCUGCUGUGGAAGAGUGCAGAGCUGAGCUGGAGCGAGAGACCAAGCUGGUGCCACAAGAAGGCAGCGAGAAGCUCAUCAAGGAACACAGGGUUUUCUUUGGUGACAAGGGUCCUCAUCAUCUCUGUGAGAAGAGGCUGCAGCUCAUAGAGGAACUGUGCGUGAAGCUCCCAGUCCGGGACCCAGUCAGGGACACAUCCGGAGCCUGUCACACGGUGCUCAGAGAGCUCAGAGCUUCCAUUGACAGAACAUACGCGAUGCUCAUGGAUGACCCAGACAAGUGGAAGGACUAUAGUGGCAGGUUUUCUGAGUUCUCAUCUUGGGUGUCUGCAAAGGAGGCAUGGUUGAAGAAAAUCAAGGAUGAAGCCAUCGACACUGCCAACCAUGAUGAGGUUAAACACGUGGUAGAUGAAAUCAGAAAUGACAUCACCCAAAAGGGAGAGACCCUCAGCUGGCUAAAAUCCAGGCUUAAGCAUUUGAUUGACGUUUCUUCUGAAAAAGAAGCCCAGAAGCGAGGAGAUGAGCUGGCAGAAUUAUCAAGCUCGUUCAAGGUUCUUGUGGCUUCACUGUCAGAGGUUGAAGAGAUGCUAAGCAACUUUGGAGAGUGCGUGCAAUACAAAGAAAUAGUGACCAGUUCCCUUGAGGAGCUGAUGUCUGCUUCUCCAGAAAGCCAGGAGCAGGCUGAGAAGAUCCUGGACACGGAAAAUCUGUUUGAGGCCCAACAGUUGCUCCUCCAUCACCAGCAAAAGACAAAGAUGAUCUCAGCCAAGAAGAGAGACCUCCAGCAGCAGAUGGAACAGGCACAACAGGGCGGGCAGGCAGGCCCAGGCCAGGAGGAGCUGCGGAAGCUGGAGAACACCCUUACAGGCCUGGAGCAGAGCAGGGAAAGACAGGAACGGCGCAUCCAGGUCAGCUUGAGAAAAUGGGAGCGAUUUGAGACAAACAAGGAGACGGUGGUCAGAUACCUGUUCCAAACAGGGUCCAGCCACGAGCGCUUCCUGAGCUUCAGCAGUUUGGGAAGCUUGUCAUCAGAGUUGGAACAGACAAAGGAGUUUUCUAAGCGGACAGAAAGCAUUGCCACCCAGGCUGAGAACCUUGUCAAGGAAGCCUCAGAAAUGCCACUGGGGCCCAGGAAUAAGCAGCUGCUUCGGCAGCAGGCCAAGUCAAUCAAGGAGCAGGUCAAAAAGCUCGAAGACACGCUUGAAGAAGAGUAUGUGCUUCACAACUUCUGACCUUUGCUCUCUGGGGUAGCAUCCCAUGCGAUCUCUCCUGUCUCCUAUUCCAGUCUUUCAAAAAUCUCAAGGUGUCUGUAUGUUUCUACCUGUCUUGAGGAAGCAACUCGCAAUCCAAAAGAAAAUUGUUCUCAGCCCAGGACCUGGUAUCCAUAAUGAUGAAAGUAUACAAGCAAUGUGGUGUUUACAUUCUAAACUGGUAUAUUCAUCACUAAGCCAUAUCUGUUCUUUUCUGUGGCCUUUAUAUUAUGCAGAGGCAAUCUCCAAAAAAUAACCCACGUUUACUUUUUUUUUUUUUACUAUUUCAUUCUAGUGUCACCUAUUGAAGAGGAAAUAAAGGCCUAAGAGCAUAUCAUGUAGAAGGAAUAUCUCAAACUUAAAGUUCAUGAUUGUGUCCAUAGUACCUCAGUAUUCAAAUUACCAUGAAUUCAUAUUCCCCUUCCAGAAAUCACCUGCAAAACUCUAUCUUGAUUUGAAACUUUUACUAUUUAUCUGUAACGAAUAAAUAAGCUUGUGCCCCUGUGAUAUCCUUCUACAAAGUUUGGGGAUAAGCUUUUGAAAACAUUGUCGAUAGUCUCUAAACUAAUAUCGCUAACAUUCUUAUUCAGUGACACACUGAAUAAUAGUCCAUGACUCUCAAGAAACAAGACUGCAAUUACAGGGAGGGUUUCAGAAUGUGAAAACUGUUUUUAGUAGUCUUGGGGCCUUGCAUUGAACAUUUUAUAUUUGCCUAAACUUUAAACUUUGAUCAAUAUCUUAUUUGAACUAACUCAAAACUUUGACAACUUUAUAUUUGAUAAACUCCUCCAAACUAUGUAAACAGCAAAUCUUGAGACUAUAUUAAAAACAAAGCUACUUCUAAAUGGAUUGCAAUAACCAUUUGAAGAUAAAUUUUAUGUAAAAACCUGUACUAUAAGAUAGAUUGCAUUUGCAUUUUUUAUACUGCUAAGUGCAUUAGACACACACAGGGUUCAAAGUCGAGACUGUACCACUAUUGAAUUUGACAAUCAGCUGAUGCCAUGUUUGUUCUUGGUGUCAAGUGCCUUUUGUAAUAUGGUAUACUCAGUUACUUUUCCUUCACCCAAGGAUAUCAGUUAGUUUAGUGCUAGGGUUAGUAUAGUUUUCUAGUUUCUUUCUAAACCGAAAGCCAUGUUCACCUGGUUAUAUGUCCAGAGCUAAUACCAACUGAGAUUCUCCAGUUGAAAUCCAAUCCAUUAGACUUACCGCACAGAGAGCCAGUGCUGUCUGUAAAUAGUUCGGGAGCUCAUGAAUGAGUGUUUGUGAAAGUCUUUUGGAGUCAGGACUGUAGGAGACCUGUGACUCGCAGAGACCAUUAUAGGUUACAAACCAAAGGCUUCACGAAGCUGAUGGCGGCAGGUGCUGCCCUGCAGCUGUGAUUGGACCACGGCUCUACCUGGAUUCACAAACACGCACUUUACCAAAGUACUUGAGUAUAAAGUGUCCCAGUAGUACCUCCCCCUAAAAGCAAAGGUAGCUUGUCAAACGAUCAAACCCCAAAAGCUGUUCUGUGAGAGUUCCCUACUCUGAGUUCUGAGGGUAGCUGCUUCUGUGCAGAGCUUGACCUUGUGGGCUCACACCCUUCGAAGUCAGCACAAAACUGCAUUCAAAGUGCAGCUCCGCUCACAAUGUAAUACGGGCGCUGCCUCCUCCAGCACCCAUUCCCCCAAGAGACAGGAAGGCUGGGCUCAGACAGGCAGCUCACAUCAAGUACGUAUGAUUCUCCGGCUCAAAUAGUUUCCGCUCUGAAAGAGUCAUGAAUAUCCCCAAGACCUUUCACCUGGUGAAGUAUAGGGGGAAAAAUUGUCUUGCUAUUCUUUAUGGAAAUACUGCUUUUUUUAACU